GAUCCUGCUGUCUACCGCACUCUCACAACGAGAAUGUCAGAGACUGAUGAAUCAAAUCUGAAGCGCCAGAGGGCUAACGGCAACGAAAUCUGGAGUGCGGAGAGCUCGGUGGCCCAGAACUACGACCAAGGUGUGGUCGAUGGCUGGCGGAGCGAGAUGUAUGGCUUGCUGAUCUUCGCUGGCCUCUUUUCCGCCGUCAUCGCAAUGUUCAUGACCGAAAGCCACAAGAUGCUGAGCCCCGACUCGGGCACUCAGACCCUCGCGCUGCUCAGCGAGAUCACACAGCUGCUCGCGGGUAUCGCCAACGGCACAGCGACCAUGGCCGCAGCUCCGCCCGCCCCUACUUUCUCACCUUCGUUAUCUGCCCUUCUCUGCAACUCCCUCUGGUUCGCCAGCCUCGCGCUGAGCUUGGCAUCCGCGCUGGUCGCCAUACUGGUAGAGCAAUGGGCACGGGAGUACCAACACGGAACCACGGUGUUCCCCUACCCUCCCCUCCGAGCCCGCGCUCACACGUAUCUGUACCCUAGUCUCCGACGCUUCGAUAUGCAUGCCGCCGUCGGCAUUCCGCUGGUGCUCUUGAAUGGAGCUCUGGCCAUGUUCUUGGCCGGCCUGGUCGCAUUCCUCGCGCCAUCAAUGCCAUGGUCUUGAUUCUGUCAUCCGUACUUGUACUGCUCUUUGUAUCACUCGAUGGAGCAUUCACUUUGUUCCCUUUGUUCUUCUACGACAGCUUGUACCACAAUUCACUUUCCCGGGUCCUUUGGUUGCUGAAUGAGAGCUUGGGAAAGCAACGUUGGACACCAAGUCUCUUUCGUGGGCCAUACGCUCCAUAUACGAUGAUAACGAACUUGGGACUUCCUGCAUGGAAUUAUCCAGCUGCUCGUGGAUUUCAGGCGAAAUGUGGCCUCGUAACGUGUAUCGAGUGCGUCUCUGAGCCUCAUGAAGGAUCCGCAUGCUCGUCCCCAUCAAAGGCGUGCAAACCUCGUGGCUACAUAGCUCCAACGGCGAUUCUUUGGAGCCCGCAGUCCACAUCCGCCAACAGGCCUGGGUGCUCCAGGCUGUUUGCGUUGCUUGCGUGUUCUUGAUCAGCUCUCACUUGCCAAAUGAGGAAUGUCCAAUCCGAGAAGAGUGCUCUCGAGGUUUGGUUCAGAAAUUUGUUCGAGCCCGGAAUGACAUGAACUCUGGUUCGGGGUUCGGCUUUGGGAGAUGACCAAAAAUGCUGAACUAGUACGUCAUGUGUGGGGCCGGGUCUGCCAUUGUCGAGGCAUGUAUGGGUCUCAUGAAGUCCACAUCACCUCACGGAAGGCAGCACUGUGAACUUGUCCUUGGGCACGUUGGGUCAGAGCGCAUGAUUGGCCGGGCUUGCACUGGCAAGGAUUGCCGCCCAGCUGAGAUCUUUCUACCGGACAAGUCUGAUCCGAUCGAUCAAAAUGUCGAGAUGCCGGUUCUUCUUCCUCAUCAGAGAACAUCCGUGCAGCAGGACACACAUUCAAAGCCCAGAUGUCAAGUCUGCAGAGUAACAACACGCCCAAGGCCACCUAACUAACGAAGCCGACGCUCAUCUUCAAGUCCGAGUUAUCCAUGGCAUAGAAGACGGAGAAACCUCGUCGGCCCCUGUCUCGCGGAUUAUGUAUUGUCAGCAUAAGAAGGGAAUUCAAAGGAAUGAAUACGGGAGUCGUUUCUCGUCUUGCCUUUCUUGCCUUCCACCGCAUUCCCUGCUUCAUCUGACACUAUGCCACUCGUGCCAACGCCCUCGCUAGCUCGCUGGGUCCAUCCUAAAUUCCUUCUCUGCGCCCUCCUUCUAGGUUACGGCGGGUACAACGUCGGUUUCCUCUCCAGAGAGUCUGUGGACACUUCCGCGCUUGUCAGCAUACUGCAAGGGGCUACGGGAGGCGAUCCGCUUCGCGUACCCGUCGUUGGCCCGCGUCCGCCGCUGCUACAUCGACCGAACGCCGUCACGACUGUCCAAGCCGUGCACGCGACCGUCACGACUGUUGUUACCGAGUACAUAGCCGUGCCCCCCAGAGAACCGGAAAGUCCCCGAGUCUUGAAAGGGUUGCCGACAAACGCUUUCCGAGACAACUUGCAGCCGGGUACUCAGUACAUAACAAGCUGGCCGGGAUCGGGAUGGACAAACGACGUCAUGCUAGUUAUCAACUUGAUCUAUCUUGCGCUCCUCACAGAACGAGUACCGAUUGUCCCAUUCUUCGUCCCACUGCAUGUCUCCCAGAACAACUUCGAGCGCGGACAGACACUGGACUUUGGCGAAGUCUUUGAUAUUCCCAGGCUUUCCAAGGCGAUUAGGAAGCCUGUGCUCGAAUGGUGGGAGGUCAAGAAUCGUAGCACCGAGACAGUUGACACACUGGGAUGCUGGAAUCUGUGGCAGGCGGUUUCAUCGAAGCACGACACGCCCCAUUGGACGCAUACGCCCGUCCGACUCAACAUCGAUGUGUCGUACACUCAGGCCCCCAGCUGGAUCCAACUCUAUGAGGAUGACUCGAAUCACAUGAAAUUCUCCUCCCUCUCUGCUUUGUCGUUCCCUCAGAAGCGCUCCGAGAGCUUGCUGGCACCUGCUCCCGCCCCGCGCACCGGAGCUGUUCUGCCUCCCGACGAACAAGUGCUCUGCUACGACAAUUUGUACUGGGCAAACGACCACGAGCAGCACGAACUCGAGAAGAGCGACUACAGCCCGGCGUGGAGGUUCGUCGGACACCAUCUCCAUUGGUCGAACAAGCUGCAGGAUAUCGGCGACAUGUACAUCCGGGAAGCGUUGGGUGUCCCUGCAACCGACCCCAUCCCACCGUAUAUUGCAGUGCACGCCCGUCACGGAGACUUUGUGGAGCGCUGCGACAUCCAGACUGCGGACGAAUGUUUCACGCCCCUCCCUGCCCUGGCGCGUCGUGUCGAGGAAGUGCAAUCCGAGCUGCUCCGGACGCAUGGCCUGGCCGUGUCGUUGGUGGUCAUGACUAGCGACGAGAAGGAUCCCGACUGGUGGAACGAGGUGUCUGGGUACGGAUGGAAGCGGCUCGACCACAGCGAGACGGCGGAGCGGUACGGCUUCUGGUAUCCGAUCCUGAUCGAUGCCGUGGUCCAGUCGGGCAGCACCGGAUUCGUGGGCACGGACCAAUCAACGGUGUCAUUCCUUGCAGGUCGUCGAGUGAAAGGCUGGAGGAACGGCGUCACCAGGUUUGCGAAGUGGGGCAGUCCCCAAGCCGAUGACCAUUGAUUGUCUUGCGGGUUGUUUUCGAAGGACACUUCUUGUAUCCUGUUGUAUCUUGCUGUGACUUGUAUUAGCUAUUGAUAAUUGCUUUCGACCUGCUCAACCGGAGGGAAAUUCGAUUGAACACAGGGAGGAACGCGAGCGAAAGAUUCUAGCGGGUGCAGUUUCAAUGAGGCGGUCGGCUUUACCAGGUGAAACUAGCCCGUGGCAAAUAAGCACAUUAUCUCCAAGACACAUGCUCAGAUCCCGCGGCUCAUACGGCAAUGUGAAACUCAGACCUGCGUACUUUGUCAGAGUUCAGAUUCAUUGAUGAAACCAGAAAAGUUC